GACUAGGUGGACAACAUGGCUGCGCCCGCUCUACGCCCGGCUCGUGGACAGUGUGCCGGGCUCGGUUGCAUUCUCUUGCUACCGCUGCUAUUGCUGCCGCGCGGGGCGGCGGGCGGCGAGGAGGCCGGGGCCGGCGCUGGCGCGGCGUCCCUCGCGGGGUCCUGCGGCUGUGGCACGCCGCAGCGGCCCGGCGCCCAAGGCAGCUCCGCCGCGGCGCACAGAUACUCGCGGGAGGCGAACGUCCCGGGCCCUGUCCUCGGAGAGCGCCCGCUUGCGUCCCCUAAGAUGGUUCGCAUCCCUGCCGGAGUAUUCACAAUGGGCACAGAUGAUCCUCAGAUCAAGCAGGACGGGGAAGCACCUGCCCGAAGAGUCAUGAUUGAUGCCUUUUACAUGGAUGCCUAUGAAGUCAGUAAUGCUGAAUUUGAGAAGUUUGUGAACUCAACAGGCUAUUUGACAGAGGCUGAGAAGUUUGGUGACUCCUUUGUCUUUGAAGGCAUGUUGAGUGAGGAAGUGAAGACUGAUAUCCAACAGGCAGUGGCAGCUGCUCCCUGGUGGUUACCUGUUAAAGGCGCUAACUGGAGACACCCAGAAGGUCCCGACUCUACUGUUCUACACAGGCCGGAUCACCCAGUCCUCCAUGUCUCCUGGAAUGACGCGGUGGCCUACUGCACGUGGGCCGGAAAGCGGUUGCCCACAGAAGCUGAAUGGGAAUACAGCUGCCGAGGAGGCCUGGAAAAUAGACUUUUCCCCUGGGGCAACAAAUUGCAGCCAAAAGGUCAACAUUAUGCCAACAUUUGGCAGGGCGAGUUUCCUGUGAGCAACACUGGAGAGGACGGCUUCAGAGGAACUGCGCCUGUCGACGCCUUUCCUCCCAAUGGUUAUGGCUUGUACAACAUAGUGGGGAACGUGUGGGAGUGGACCUCAGACUGGUGGACCAUUCACCAUUCUGCUGAGGAAACACUUAACCCGAAAGGCCCCCCUUCUGGGAAAGACCGAGUGAAGAAAGGUGGAUCCUACAUGUGCCAUAAAUUCAAGCUGUUACUACAAGUGUGCCUGAUUCCGUUUGCUGGGGAGAUGGACUUCCAUGAAAAACAGUCCUACUGCUAUAGGUAUCGCUGUGCCGCUCGGAGCCAAAACACACCCGACAGCUCCGCUUCGAAUCUGGGAUUCCGCUGCGCGGCAGACCGCCUACCCACCGCGGGCUAACAGCCAGGAGAGCCUUUCCUAAAUCCCAGAAGAAAUGGGGUCCAGCCUGUACUCAGCUUGCCUCAGAACUUUGAACAAUCUCGUGCAAAGGAAUUCCCACUCUGAGGUGGGCGACACACCUGCCCUAUGGCCAAAGGAAUCGUCUCGCGAGACCAAACCACUGACCAGUGUCAGUGCCAGUGCUUUAUUGGGGGGUGCAUCUUUGGAGAUCAUUGCCAUGUUUUAUUUUUGACAGUCUUUUAAAGCGGAUUGGGGGAGGGGAGGGAACCCUGAGCCGGGUUUCCAGGGUCUUCGUUCUACCCAGGUUCUACCACAGGGCUUAGACCUGGGGUCCCAUACUUGACCUUCCUGGGCCUCAGUGCCCUCAUUAUCAAUUGACGGGAUGGACAACAUGACUUCUGAGAUUCUCUCCACCCAUAAAUCCUAUGAGUGAUUUCAGAUUCUACUGUGAUGAGUUCAUAGUGAGAAUUUAUGACAGAUUCUUUUCUAACUAUUUUUUCCCAUGCGUGCACCUUGGAUGAGACUAAUCAUGUAAAAUAAGAGUUCUCUUAUGUAUUAUUUUCAGAAAAGGGGGGGGGCGACGGGUCUUUUAUAUUCAUACUGCACUUUGUUUUUCCAAGGAAACCAGUGUCUUUUACCUUGUUAGGAUGAAUCCUGCUUGGGCCAGUGAUGGUUUGCUAACGUUCAGCAGUCUGAACAUAUGGGAAUGUCUGUGGGGUGACCCUAUUGUGCUUUAUCUUUUAACAUUAAGUGCCUUUGGUUCAGAGGGGCAGUUACAAGCCCUAUUUUCCCCUCUUCCCAAAGCCUUCGGUGAAUGUGAAAUGUUUGCUAAACAGGGCAACCUGUUUAAUUCUAAACGUAGAAGAAAAGGACUACGGACCGUGAAUGAACUAUAUUCAGGGUAUCCGACAUUUUGUAGCAGAGAAGUAGGAAAUCUUGGUGGCUGUGAAAUACCAGAUUCUUUGAAUCAUGCACUAUGUUGAAUAAACUGGUAUCUGCAAACUGCUCCUCUUAUUGGUUCCUUUUCUAUUUCCCUCCCGUUCUGUUUUCUUUUAAAGAAAUGACUUUGUGACUUUUGUAUGUUUUGUUUGCUAGAAAACUUUCCUGUCCAUUAGCUGGCUGUUAUGGAGCCCUGGUGGUAUAAUGGUUAAGUGCUUGGCUGCUAAGAAAAAGGUUGGUGAUUCAAACCCACCCAGUGGCUCCACAGGAGAAGGACCUGGUGAUCUGCUUCUGUGCAGAUCACAGCCUAGAACAUCCUGUGAGGCAGUCCUGCUCUGUCACAUGGGGUCGCUGUGAGUCAGAUUGACUCAGUGGCACACAGCAACAGCUGGUUGAAAUUUUUGAUGUAUGGGCAGUUUACAGAAUUUUGUUUUUUUUUCCCAAAAAGCAAUACUACUCUGCCAGGAACCCUAUUAUGACCUGGCCUCUUUCUGCCAUAGUAGCUGAUGCAGAGCCAAGGCGGUUGGCUCAGUUGAUGGGUCUGUAAAACCCAAGAGCUGUAUCACAUGCCAGCCAAGUAGACCUGUAUUAUCUUGCUUCAGAGCAAUGGUUUCCACCCUCCAGGCAUCAGGAUCCCAUCUUGAGUCCCCAGUGGUGCCGGACCCCCAAGGCACUUCCAGCAUGCUGCUUGAAAGAAAUGGCUGGUCCUAUGUCAGCUGCUCAAAACAGAAGUCAAAUAAUACUCAUAAUGUUUAACUAGCACUUGGUUGCUACUUUUAUGUCUAGCCUCCGAAACACGUGAAAACAUUUGUCUUGAACAGUCGUGCUGCUGGGGUACGUUAGCUGCAUUUACUAAUAUGUCACUUUGUGGAUAUAAAAUAUUUCUCUACAAGCUUUCACGAGUUAGUUUCAUGCAAAAACAAAACAAACAAACAAUUUCCUUAAUUGAAAAGCUAAUAUAGGAAAUAAAGUAUUUUAUUUUUAAAGUCACCACUCUGUAGUAAAGUGUUUAUUUUUACUUGUUACCACCCACCUGCAUAUAUUUUUUACAUAGUUAUAUUUAUAGUAUGUGUGAAUCCCUCUCGUUAAUAAAUGGUAUAGUAUAAAUAUUUCUGUAUGUGUUUUGGCAUAGUCUUUAUAAUUGUAUGUUUUAGCCACAGCACAACGCUGGAAAGCAUUGAAAAUGAAAUGCUAAUAAGCCCUUCAUUUAAGGAUCACGUUUCCAGAUAACUAAGAAGUAUACCAAACUGUAGACAACUAUUAAGAAAAAAAACCCCAAACCCAUUGCUGUUGAGUCGAUUCUGACUCACAGUGACUCUGUAGGACAGAGUAGAACUGCCCCAUAAGGUUUCUAAGGAGCAGCUGGUGGAUUCGAACGGCUGACCUUUUGGUUAGCAGCCAAAUGCUUAACCACCGUACCACCAAGGCUCCAUAGACAGCUGUAACAACAACAACAAAAAAAACCCAUUGCCGUCCAGUUGAUUCCGACUCAUAGUGGCCCUGUAGGACACAGUAGAAUUGCCCCAUAGGGUUUCCAAGGAGCGGCUGGCAGAUUUGAAUUGCCAUCCUUUUUGGUUAGCCUUAACAUCCUUUUGGUUAACAGCUCUUAACAACUGCACCACUAGGGCUACAUAGGCAGCUAUAACCAAACCAAAACCCUUUGCUGUAUAGUCGAUUCCGACUCAUAGUGACCCUAUAGAACAGUGUAGAACUGCCCCAUAGGGUUUCCAAGGAAUGCUUGGUGGAUUCGAACUGCUGACCUUUUGGUUAGCAGCCAUAACUCUUAACCACUUUACCACCAGGGUUUCCAUAGACAGCUAUAAGAAACCCAUUGCUGUCGAGUCAUUCUGACUCACAGCAACACUAUAGGACAGAGUAGAACUGCCCCAUAGGGUUUCCAGCGAGCACCUGGUGGAUUUGAACUGCUGACUUUUUGGUUAGCAGUUGUAGCACUUAACCACUAUUAUAUACUUUAUAAUAUUGUAUAUUGGCAUAUGUUAUUGCCGUUGAGUUCACUCUGACUCAUGGUGACCCCAUGUACAGUAGAACAAAAUGUUGCCCAGUCCUGUACCAUCUUCAUGAUCAUGGUAUGCUUGAGUCCAUUGUUGGUGAUUGUUGUGGAAUGAAUUGUGUCCCCCCCAAAAUGUUUGUCAACUUGGCUAGGCCAUAAUUCCCAGUAUUGUGUGGUUGUCCACCAUUUUGUGAUCCAGUUUGAUUAUCGUAUGUGUUGUAAAUCCUACCUCUAUCAUGUUAAUGAGCCAGGCUUAGAGGCAGUUAUGUUGAGGUAGGACUCAAUCCACGGGAUUAGGCUGUAUCUUGAGUCAAUCUCUUUUGAGAUUUAAAAGAGAGUUGAGCAGAGAGAAGAGGGGCCUCAUAUCACAAAGAAUGAAGCGCCAGGAGUGGAGUGCAUCAUUUGGGCCCAACGUCCCUCCACUGAGAAGCUUCUAGACCAGGGGAAGAUUGAUGACGAGGACCUUCCCCCAGAGCUGUCAGAGAGAGAAAGCCUUCCCUUGAAGCUGGCACCCUAAAUUUGGAAUUCUAGCCUCCUAAACUGUGACAGAAAAAAUUUCUGUGGCGGACAAUAGUGAACAAUCACACAAUACUGGGAAUCAUGGCCUAGUCAAGUUGAUGCAUAUUUUUGGGGGACACAAUUUAAUCUAUAACACCUUGUAAAAUAUUUUGCAUCUGUUUCUUCCUCGCUCCUUCCUUCCAACAAAUGCUACCUUCCCAUUGGCUGUAUUUCUCAUAAAGGAGUUAACCUAUAGGCUGGAUACUAAGAAGAGCAAAGGGGGUGACUCUUGUGUGAUGGGCCGGGCAAUAAGGUGUCAAUGAGUGAAGCAGACUGGGUAUCAGUGCUACCCAUUCUAGAAGGGCUGCCACUGCUCAGCUGUUGCCACGCCAAGGGCUGCCAUGCCGAAAUGUGAGCCCAGAGAUGUCAGUCAUCCAGCUCUUCAAGAGUAGCUGGAUAUUUGCAUUUUCAUGUGAAGUUGUCUGAGUUUUUAAUGUUGGGAGACAAUUCAGAUUAAAAGGAUAACACUGUGAAGCCCUAAUAAAUUGCUUCUACAGUCACAUUCAUCCCAUGGGUGCCAGUUUGCAGCCUAGAUUGUGAAGAGUUGAUGCAUUUUAUGGGGUACAGAAUCUCAUGUAUUUAUAUCUGAAGGAUGAUUUAUCAAGUAAGAAUGUCUUGGACCCGACAGAAAGGGCAAGGACAUUGUCAUGGAUUGAAUUGUGUCUCCCCAAGAUAUGUGUCAACUUGGUUAGGCCAUGAUUCCCAGUAUUGUGUGGUUGCCCUCCAUUUUGUGAUUGUACUUUUAUGUUAAAGAGUAUUAGGGUGGGAUUGUAACACCCUUACCCAGGUCAUGUUCCUGAUCCAGUGUCAAGGGGGUUUCCCUGGGGUGUGGCCUGCACCACCUUUUAUCUCUCAAGAGAUAAAAAGGAAAGGGAAUCAAGCAGAGGAGGGCACCUCAUACCACCAAGAAACCAGCCGGAAGCAGAGCUCAUCCUUUGGACCCAAGGUUCCUGCACUGAGAUGCUUCCAGACCAAAGGAAGAUUGAUAACACAGACUUACCGCCAAAGCCGACAGAGAAAGCCUUCGCCUGAAGCUGACGCCCUGAAUUUGGAUUUGCAGCCUCCUAGACAGUGAGAAAAUAAAUUUCUCUUUGUUAAACCCAUCUACUUAUGGUAUUUCUGUUAUAGCAGCACUGGACAACUAAGACAGACAUCAUGUUACGAAGAAAUGCCUUACGAGACUCCCCACCCCAUCGCACCUAAUUGUUUAACGGCUGCAGGUAGUCUCAGCAGAGCCAUUUACAGCCCCAUCUUCAUUAACUUUAGCAUGUAGUGGUUAAGAGCUACAGCUGCUAACCCAAAGGCAGUUGGAAUCCACCAAGUGCUCCUUGGAAACCCUGUGGGACAGUUCUACUCUGUCCUAUACGGUCUCUAUGAGCUGGAAUCGACUCGACGACAACAGGUUUGGUUUUUUGGUUAAUUUGUGCAGAUUAAUAUCAGAGAAUAGCAGAAAUGUCAGUUUCUUGGCUGUUGGUUUCAUUUUAUUUACUCAAUUCUCCGUAACACAACUAAACUACCCACGAGCAGGACUCCUCCUUACAGGUUUGCCAGAAUCAGUUGUGCUGUUAGUGAAAGCUAGCCUUUGUUGUUUCAAAUGCUGAAAACACCAUGGCAAGUAUUAUCUCCCAGAGCCUCAGAUGGAACCUUGGCAGCUGGCCACAGCCCCUUCCUUCCACUGGCUCUUGUGUUCAGACCAUUAGACUGAGAGUUUAAUUAAUUUUUUGAUUAAGCAAAAGCAUUACAGACAAUUUUCAAGUAGGCUGUAAAAUGAGAACCAUCCUGAAACUUGCCCUAUUUAGGCUUGGAAAAGCUGAGCGAUUAGCACCAAGGAAUGGAAGUUUUCAGCCUCAGAUCAGAUUCUAAUCUGCCCCCAAAUGGUAAUUGACCCCCAAAUCAUCAUUACCAGUGGCUGGUUGGGCCUUUGGAAUUAGUCACAGUUGUCAAGCAAGAAAGUGAUUCCAUUUCAGAAUAAUUGAUGGUCGGAUCAGAUUGCUCUUGCGUCCCUUGGCCUGGGCCAUGUUUGACAAACGCCUUGCUUUCUUUGCUGAAGGAGGUGAAGGGAGAUGGAAGAGUGAUCAGAGCAAUUCUUUUCCAAAGUGUCAAUUUGGCAUCUCAACAGGGUAACUUUAGAAGCUCUGAAUCAGUUGCUUAGGGGAAAAGUGAAACCAACAGACUAUCAGGAAAAGAGAUAAGAUGCUGCCAGGUGGUACUGAUGAAAGGUUCAUCUACAUUUAGUUUGGUGUCUCUGGGGAAGGGCCCUUAUUUGUUGCAUUUAUGAAGUCCACACUUUCUCUUUGCUCCAGAGAAAAAUAACUUGUUAUUUACGUUUAAAUGGUAUGGGAAGGAUACAUCUUUGAUCUCUUCAGUAAAAAAAAAACAAACAGUAGCUGUCUUUAAAAGGCAGUUUAGCAUCAAUAAAGGACAAGAGAGCUUUGGAAUGAGAUGGUCUGGGGUUAUAUCCUUACCACCACAUCAAAGCUCUGUGACCUUUAGGUAAGUCAUAUCCAUUGAGUUUCAUUUUCCUCUUAGUGGCGUGGAGAGAUAGGAGAUAAUGCAAAGACAAAGUGUUUAGCACAGUGCUUGGUACUUACCAGUGCUUACUAGGUAUUUGUUGCUAUUAAAAAAAAUUUAUGACUAUGAUUAUUAAGUUAAAUGCAGAGGUGCAGGAAGGUAUUACAGCUAUAGGACAGAGAGCAUAACAGACUGAGAAAGAACAAAGGGACUUUGUAUAAAAGCAUACGUUUGACCUCAGCUCAAGACAUUCAAAAUAAAAGACCAGGCAUGAUUGAUUCCCAAACCUCUGUUACACUUGAAUUUGGAAACACCCUGAAAGGAUAUUUUCCAUAUGUCCCACAAAAAACAAAAACAAACACAAAACUCAUUGCUGGGCGAGUCAACUCCUACUCAUAGUGACCCUAUAGGACAGAACAGAACUGCCCCAUAGAGUUUGCAAGGAGUGGCUAGUGGAUUCAACCUGUUGACCUUUUGGUUAAGAGCCUAAGCUCUUAACCACUGUGCCACCAGGGCUCAUUAAAGGGGAAAAUGAGGUCUGGCUGUUGCUAACAAUACUGUGCAAUCCUGAAGAUUUUCCUUUUGAACCCACCUCACAAAGAACCUCUGGCAGGUUUUAUACCUAUGAAAAUGCCACUGGUGAGAAUGACAGCAAUUAAAAAGAAGGCAAAAAGAAAAGGGAGAGGAGUUGUGUAGCCCAUCGUAUGUUUACCAGCCUGCUAACGUUAUCUGUGGCGUUUUUUCAAUGCUUAUUUGCAUUUUUUGUUUGGAGACCUGUUGUUUAGGUAGUUGGGGCUAGUCAUUUAAACUUUUCUCAUUUAAUCCUAAUCUGAGAUUUUUGGUCCAAUAUCUGAAUUCUAACUCAUAAAUAUCCAGAUUUAAAAAUAAGAUGAUGUCCAAAGGAGAACAGUUUAGGGUUGGCAGACAGGACUUGUAGGGAUUGGUGGUGGUGAAACCGGACCAAUGGGUCUGUGCCCAGUGUGCGAGAAGCCAAACUCUCAGACGCUGGUAUUUAGAGUUUAUUUUGGAGGCUAGCAAGUGGGAACUCAGGGGUAUUGACCUCAGAUUGCGUUCCCCAAUCUGCACGAGCAAUGUACAAUUUAUACUUAUACAUGUUCACUUAGGGGUGGAGGGAAACAGUAGGCAGGAUCAGAGGUUUUACCUGUUUAUAGUUUCUACUGAUUAUUUACUACAAGGCGGGGCUAAGACUCAGCAUGGAAGUGGCUGAUGGACCAAACUCUUUUGAAAUAGGCUCGACUACUGUCAAUGAUGCAUUUCCGGUGGUUCUGGUUCCUUGGCAGGAGUCUUUUGGUUCCUUGACACGAGUUCUCUUGCAUUAUUGAGCAUGCGUGGCAGCCCAGGGUUGUUGGUCACUGUGGGCUGCUCUGCGCAUGUCAGGCUGCUCUGAGCUGGUUAGAGCUGGACUCUACAGGGCUUUCCGGAGGGUCUGAAAAACAACUUAGAGGAAGGGAGUGACAUGGUGGGAAGGUGACUGUGAGUGGCCUGAUAACUGGUGGAGUACUAAAUUAUUAGGUGUCUUCAGCUUCCAGAGUCCCCUAACAGUGGUGGUGCUGUGAGGUGCUGUUGAGUUGAUUCUGACUCAUGGCGACCCCAUGUGUGAAGAGUAGAACUGCACUCCAUAGGGUUUUCAAGGUUGUGACCUUUCUGAAGUGGAUCGCCAGGCCUGUCUUCCAAGGUGCCUGUGGGUGGGUUCAAACCUCCAACCUUUUGGCUAGUAGUCAAAUGGUUUGCAUCACCCAGGAACUCCUAGGGUUUGUUGUAGUGGGUUUUAUCUCACAGGCCAGUUGCCAAAUUGUGGGGAUUCCUAACACCCUUUCAGGGCGUCUAUGAGUCAAAACUGAUUUCACAAUAAUAUUAAGAUGUUGUUUACCUUUUUUAAAUCCUCAUUAUCCCGUGAUCUCAUUAUCCCAGAGAUCACAGGCAUGAAAACCCUAUGGAGCAUAAUUCUACUCUGAAACACAAGGAAGGGGUUGCCAUGAUUUGGAACCAACUCAACAGCAACUGGCUUUUUUUUUUUUUAGGUGCAGGGCACAGUGCUGGAUAUUUUUGUACAUGAUCUAAUUUAAUUUGCAGGGCAGUCUUGGGAGGAACUGGGUAUUUUUGGUUAGUAUUCCCAACGUGUGGUUAGAAAACUAGGACUCAGAUUGUUUGCAAGGUGCCAAGAUGACAGCUGAAUAGGGCAGAGCCAGGACUCACACAGUUUCUGUAACUUGUAGCUCACUGCUCUCUCCCCUGUAUCACUAAACACUCAGAUUUAUUGUGAGUUUGGGGUGGGGAGGGAUGGACUGAAGAGGGGGCGUUACUGGGGCAAAAGAUAGCCUCAAGGAGGAAAAAGGCAAAGAGCAAGGAGGAGGUGGAAUGGAUUAGUGGUUAAGAACAUGGACUCUGGAGCCAGACUGUCUAGGUUUAGGUUCUUGUUCUACUGUUAACCAUAUCUGGGACUUUGGGCAAGUUACUACUAAACUUCUUUGUUCUUCAGAUUUUGAAAAUUAAAUGGAAGUACUUCUAGUAAGGUAGAAUUGAGGCAGGAGAGCUAAAAUAGUAUAGGGUGAUCUGGGUGAAACCCUGGCUUGUUUUAAGGCCGUUCCAAACUUUGAAGGUCUCCUCUUAGUCACAUUGCAGUAAUUAUUCUUAACACGGUAAUGAGAUAACCAAAGUUAAGACUGCACAUUUUUGAAAGGCUUGUCUUCGACACAUCCUUUCCAUUCCCAGAAUGUGCUGGCUACUUCUUUUUACAAAAUGAUUAUGUUCCCAUAAAAAAAAGUAGAUUUUUUUUUCCCCUAGGGGCAGGGUGGGAGAUGGCUGGGUGUAUGUGGAACAUUCAUCUGCUGGAAAAAAGGAAGAUCAAAAGGUACAUUAUCAGCUCAUUUGUACCAGGCUCAAAUCCAUGAAAAGAAUAGAGUUGAUAAAGAGGGCUGAGAGGGCUGUGUGAAGAAUGAAAGGCAAAGUUUGCUGCAUCAUGCUUGUUAAGUAGCAGCCUGAAAACAUACACUGGAGGACUUCUUUGAUAAGAUUGAAUUCCCUGGUCUUUGUGAAAGUAGGUUAGAGUCAGCCGCCUACUCCUCACUCCGCUGUUGGCUAAAAACCGGGCAUUGUUUCUUAAGAUGAAGUUGCAGGGCAGCUUCCAACUGAACAUUUGCUUCUGUCCCAGAACACUUGUAAAUAUUCAGUUCUGGUGUGGGGUAGGGGGAGACCAAAAACCUCACUAAUAUGGGAUCCACAUUCCCAUCUAUAAUUUUAUAGUUAUUAACAGAACACUUUGCUUCAGGUCAUAUUAGGCCAACGAGAGGCUGGCUGGAUCACUGUGCCACACUGAUGCCCACUUGUGGGGUUUGAACAACCUCUUUCCGAGCCAUCACUUUUACCUCCAUCUGUGGGAAUGUUUUCCUGUGAAGUGACAACUUAAUGUGGUUUUGUAUGUAAUGUUCCCCCUCUAGUGGCCAGACUGGUUUUGUUUUUUUUGCUGUGUUUGUGCACACGGUCUGUAGUAAAGCUGGUGAACCUUUUGUUUAGGGGUAUUGCGGACUUCGGUUUGUUAGGAGGAGGGGCAAGAAUCAUUUCAAAAAAUUAAAAAAUAUGAGUGUGUCUGGGUAGGCGAGGGCAAGUCUUUGUUCUAAACGAUCUGUUCCAUUCCAUUGCUCUUUAAAGAGGAGGAGGAGGUGGAGAACGGGAUCUGCAGAGGGGAGGAAAGAUUGGAAACGAUCCUUCGUCUUUCUAUUCUGAUUAUUUUCAGAAUGGUGUUGCCCUUAUUAACAAUGCUUUUUUUUUUUUUUUUAAAUAAUAUUGUGUUUUUGGUAAAAGUUUACACAGCAAAUUAGCUUCCCACUGGAAACCCUGGUGGCGUAGUGGUUAAGUGCUACGACUGCUAACCCAAGGGUCGGCAGUUUGAAUCCACCAGGCACUCCUUGGAAACUCUAUGGAGCAGUUCUAGUCUGUCCUAUAGGGUUGCUACGAGUUGGAAUCGACUCAAUGGCACUGGGUUUGGCUUUUUUGGUUUUAUACAAAUUGUUCAGUGGCAUUAGUUACAUUUUUCACAAUGUGUCAGCAUUCUCUUUAAUUGUGUUCUGGUUGUUCCAUUUCUAGUGCUCUGGUUUCCCUGGCCUCUUACCUUCUCAUCUUUGCUUUAGCGUAAUUGUUGACCUUUUGGUCUCAUAUAGAUGGUUUUUUAAUGAAGCAUCGUACCCACAGGUAAUACCCUUUAUUUUGUGUGCCAAUCUGUUAUUUUGCUAAAAGGUGAUCUCAGGGGAUAGUUUCAGUUAUAGGCUUAGAGUAUCUCUUUGGGAGUCCUCUAGUCUCAACUGGUCCAAUAUGUAUGGAUAUUUUAAGAUUUUGACUUCUGUUCCACAUUUUUCUCCAGUGCUAUCUGGGACCAUCUAUUGUGGCCCUGAUUGGAACCGUUAGUAGUGGUAGACGGGCACCAUCUAGUUCUUCUGGUCUCAUGGUAGAUGAGGCAGUGGCUAUUAGCCCUGUAGACUAGUUUCUUCUCUGAGUCUUUGGUAACAGUUAUCUUACGGCUAUCUAUCAAGUUUUUUUUAGAAAAAAUGUUUUAUCUUUUUUCAUUAUAAAAGCAAUAAAAGGCAUGGGAUAAAACUUAAAGUUCUAAGAAAUAUGCAAAAUAUACUUUGAAGCCCCUUAUUCUGUACAUUUUGGUUUCCUUCCAUAUCCAUGCCAGUAGGUAAUUGCUAUUAACAGUUUAUCUUUCUAGACUUUUUCUAGGGAUUUACAAACAUUUAUAAUACAUAUAUAUAUGGGCUGUGAUAUAUAAGGAAUACAGAUGAAUUUAUAAAGAUAUAUAUACACACAUAAAUCAUAAUAUAGGUAAACAUGUAUUAUUUUUAUUAAAAAAGGGAAGCAUACUAUAAACACUGUUCUGCAACUUUGUUCAUUUAAUAUAGUUUGGACAUUUCAUGAAAUCACUAUAUAAAAAAAGCUAUAUUAAUUUUUUAAUGAUUAAUUUACUUAAGCAUUCCCUUGUUGAUGAAUACUUGGGUUAUUUCUAGUUUUCAUCAUUAAAAGUGUUCCAGUAAACCUAUUUGUACCUACGUAUUUUUUUAUACCUUGCCAAUUUGUGCAGAUAUUUCCUGAGGAAAAAUUCCUGAGAGUUUAACUGCUGUAUCAAAACAUGGUUAUUUUAAGUUGCGAUGAAUAAUGACAAAUUUCUCAGCCCUGACUCAUGCGCGGUGGAAUGAAACGCUGACUGGUCUGGGUCAUCCCCGUGAUCUGUUGCAGAUUGGAUUGUUGUGAUCCCAUAGGGUUUUCAUUGGCCAAUUUUUGGAAUUAGAUCACCAGGCCUUUCUUCCUACUCUGCCUUAGUCUGGAAGCUCCACUUAAGCCUGUCCAGCACCAUAACAAGUCUCUGCUGACAGAUGGGUGGUGGCUGUACAUGAGGUACUUUGGCUGGGAAUUGAACCCAGGUCUCCUGCGUGGAAGGCGAAGACUCUAUCACUGAACCAACACUGCUUCUAAUGACAAAUAGCCCUCCAAAAGGGUGGUGCCAACUUACACUCCCACCCACAGUGAAUCCAUAGCUUUUCAAUUGUUUAUCCCAAAAUGACUCUGAGAACAACCAAGGUAGCUCAGCAUAGGAGGAAUUUAGGAUUCAGGAAUAGUUGUAAGGGGAUCUGAAUGAAAUCAAACUGAGGUCUUCAUCUGGCCUGUAUGUGGGAGCUCCCCCUACUCUCUGUGACUAAAAUACAACUCUGGGGUAUGCUAAUCAGUCCAAUCCUACAGAUGACUCCAGUCAGCAAAUGAUUCACUGUUAAGGAAAUCAGACUGCAGAAGUAAAUUUUUUCUACUCCCCAUCUCUGCCCACAUUCCACAGUGAUAAUUCCACAGUGACCUCUUAGCUGCCUGUAAUUGCCAUGUUCUGUUUCUUCCUGUGGUUUUAUGACAUGAAGCCCCCCACUGAGGUAAUAAUUCUGAUCAUUCCUACAUACAGCUUGAUCGGGGUUGUGUCUUACCUCAUGUGCCCUUAAAAGUUAAAAAAAGUCAUAGUGUGAAAGUCCAGAACCUUAAGCAUUAUCUAGUAUCCUCACCUUUCUGUCUCCCUACCUCUCUACUCCAUCUGAUGGCUCUCAGAGUUGAUGCCCAGACCAGGCUGGCUUGUGUCAGAAGUACUUGAGGUCACCAAAGAAGACAUUCAGGUGGCUAGUAUAUGAAGAAAUGUUCGCCAUCAUUAGCAGUUGUUGUUGUUAUUAGGUGCCGUUGAGUCAGUUCUGAUUCAUAGUGACCCUAGGUACAACAGAAUGAAACACCGCCCAGUCCUGCACCAUCUUCACAAUCCUUGUUAUGCUUGAGCCCAUUGUUGCAGCCACUGUGUCAAUCUAUCUCAUCGAGGGGCUUCUUCUUUGUCGCUGACCCUCCACAUUUUACUAAGCAUGAUGUCCUUCUCCAGGGACUGAUCUCUCUUGAUAACAUGUCCAAAGUAUGCAAGACUUCCACCCUCACUUCUAAUGAUCAUUCUGGCUGUACUUAUUCCAGGACAGAUUUGUUCAUUCUCCUGGUACUCCAUGGUAUAUUCAAUAUUAUUCGCCAACACCAUAAUUCAAAGGCAUUGAUUCUUCUUUGGUCUUCCUUAUUCAUUGUCCAGCUUUUACAUGCUUAUGAGGUGGUUGAAAACACCAUGGCUUGGGUCAGGCACACCAAAACUACAAUGAGAUACCAUCUCACCCGACAUUACAGGCACUAAAAAAAAAAAAGGACAGAAAAUACAAAUGUUGGCAAGGUUUGGGGGGAGAUUGGAACUCAUACACUGCUGGUGGGAAAGAAAUCGUACAACCACAGUGGAAAAUGGUAUGGCACUUCCUCAAAAAGAUAGAACUAGAAAUACCAUAUGUUCCAGGUAUAGACCCUGAAGAAAUAAGAGCCAUGACAUAAAUAGACACAUACACACCCAUGUUCAUUGCAGCAUUAUUCACAAUAGCCAAAAAAGAAAGAAAGAAACAAUCUAAACACCCAUCAACAGAUGAAUGAAUUAACAAACUGUGGUUCAUACCCAAAUACACACAACAAAAUAUUAUGCAAUGAUAAAGAAUAAUGAUGUAUCUGAGAAACAUCUCAUAACGUGGAUAAAUUUGGAGGACAUUAUGCUGAAUGAAAUACUGAGAUCAAAUAUUUUAUGAAACUACUAUUAUAAAGUAACAACAAAAGGUUUACACAGAGGAAAAAAAAAAAUGAUGGUUACCAGGGAUGGGAAGGGGUGGGAGAGGAAAUUACCAAAUAGAUAGAAGACAUGUUAAUAUUGAUGAAGGGAAAGGCAAUACACAAUAUGGGAGAAGCCAGCACAAUAUGACCAAGGCAGCAGAGGACACUGAGAGGAACAUGAGAAUAAAAGGCAACUACGGUAACUACUAUCGCAUAGACAACCCUGGAACAAUAGUAUUAACAAACAAUAAUUUACAAAUGGAUACAUAGGUAGACAGAAAUGCCAAGAAGUAAGGGAGGGUGUAAAGGAACACACCGACAGGCAGAUACAGCUUUGGUGGUGGAAAUUUCUACAUGCAUGACUGUAGGUGCUCCUCAUGUAUUAAUAUAGAAAACAGAGCAUACAAGGGGCAGUCAGGGAAACCUCUUAGACAUAACCAAGCAACUCAUGGGAUGAAGUUCCUAGGCUCAAAGGCAAAAGACCAUAGACUUGGGGGACAUCUAUGUCAAUUGGCACAACAUAGUUCAUAAAAAUAAUCUUCUGCAUCCUACUUUGGUGAGUAGCAUCUGGGGUCUUAAAAGCUUGUGAGCAAAUCUAACCAGAUAUGUAAAAGACCUAUACAAAGAAAACUAUAAGACACUACUGCAAGAAACCAAAAGAAACCAACAUAAGUGGAAAAACAUACCUUGCUCAUGGAUAGGAAGAAUCAAUAUUGUGAAAAUGUCAGUUCUACCCAAAGCAAUCUACAGAUACAAUGCAAUCCUGAUCCAAAUUCCAACGACAUUUUUUAAUAAGAUGGAGAAACAAAUCAACAACUUCAUAUGGAAAGGGAAGAGGCCCUGGAUAAGUAAAGCAUUACUGAAGAAGAAGAAAGUGGGAGGCCUCACCCUACCUGAUUUUAGAACAGUAUACCACCAUAGUAGUCAAAACAGCCUGGUACUAGUACAACAACAGAUACAUAGACCAAUGGAACAGAAUUGAGAAUCCAGACAUAAUCUCAUCCACAUAUGAGCAGCUGAUAUUUGACAAAGGCCCAAAGCCUGUUAAAUGGUAAAAAGACUAUCUCUUUAACAAAUGAUGCCGGCAAAACUGGAUAUCCAUCUGUAAAAAAAUGAAACAAGGCCCAUACCUCACACCAUGCACUAAAACUAACUCAAAGUAGAUCAAAGACCUAAAUAUAAAAUUUAAAACAGUAAAGAUAAUGAAAGAAAAAAUAGGGACAAAGCUGGGAGCCCUAAUACAUGGCAUAAACACUAUACAAAACAUUACUAACAAUGCACAAAUACUAGAAGAGAAACUAGAUAACUGGGAGCUUCUAAAAAUCAAACACAUAUGCUCAUCCAAAGACUUCACCAAAAAAGACAACUGACAACCUGGAAAAAAAAAAAAAAAUU